GCUCCACAGGUUUUUCCCCCCUCUCUCUCUUUUUUUGCUCCCUCUUGAGCUAGCCUUGGAGAUUGAAAAGAAGUCCAAAAGAAAUAAUAAACAAGAAGAGGUUCUUUCUUUGCAAUACUUGUAUAGUAGUGGCACUGCAUGUGCUCAGGAAUCACACAGUUUUGCUUUAUAUGUUAGCAACCCCACCGUCCAUCCUUUGCACUCUUUCUCUCCCAUUAUAUAAUAUAACUCCUCUUUCUUAUAUUUUCUUCAUCUUCUUCUUCUCCUUCUUAUUCUUCUUUCAUAAUUUUGUUGUUGUAAACUUGGAUUUUACAGUCACCACUAAUUGAAACAAACAAUGGGUGAAGAAGCUAAGCAAGAACAAGCUAAGGCAGAGGCUAAGCCAGAAGAGAAGAAGGAGGAGAAAACAGAGGAAGAGAAGAAAGAAGAGAAAACAGGGGAGAAGAAAGAAGAGAAACCAGAGGAGAAGGAAGAUCCUAAACCACCAUCUCCUUUUGUGUUGUUUGUGGACUUGCAUUGUGUUGGAUGUGCAAAGAAAAUUGAGAGGUCCAUUAUGACAAUCAGAGGAGUUGAAGGGGUGGUGAUAGAUAUGGCUAAGAAUGAAGUGACCAUAAAAGGCAUAAUUGAGCCUCAAGCAAUAUGCAAUAAAAUCAUGAAGAAGACCAAGAGAAGAGCCAAAGUCUUAUCCCCAUUGCCAGCAACUGAGGGUGAACCUAUUCCAGAAGUAGUAACUUCACAGGUUAGCGGAUUGGUUACUGUGGAACUCAAUAUUAACAUGCACUGUGAGGCUUGUGCACAGCAACUUAAGAAAAAGAUACUCAAAAUGAGAGGGGUUCAAACAGUCGAGACUGAGCUUGGUAGCGAGAAAGUGACAGUCACAGGAACCAUGGACGCAGAUAAGCUAGUAGCUUAUGUAUACAAACGCACCAAAAAGCAAGCCAAAAUAGUUCCACAACCAGAGCCAGAACCAAAGGCAGAGAAACCAGCUGCAGAAGAAGCAAAACCAGAAGAUAAAAAGGUGGAAGAACCAAAGAAAGAAGGGGAAGAAAAACCAACAGAGGAACCAAAGAAAGAAGAGGGUAAUGGUGGAGAAAGUGAGAAGAAAGAGAAAGCUGAGGAAAACAAAGAAGAAGAGGCUAAGAAAGAAGGAGGAGAAAAUGGAAACAGCAACACCAUCGACGAGGAAAAUAUGAAGAGGAUGAUGUAUAAUUAUCAGCCUCUAUAUGUGAUUGAACGUAUCCCACCAGCUCCACAGCUCUUCAGCGAUGAGAAUCCUAAUGCCUGUUGCAUUGUCUAAUAUGAUUAGACCCAAAAAAAAAAAAAAAAAAAAAAAAAAAAAAAUCCAAAAA